CUUUGACAACCAAAACAUACAACAGCUUAUUGCGCCACGUUCAAGUUAGAAAUGUUUUGAUCAAUUUGGAAGUGCAUUGAUAAGCGACAUCAUGAACGAAAAGAAUAAGGUGCAAAAUGCGUGUGUUAUCGUGCUGGGAGACAUUGGUCGAAGUCCCCGCAUGCAGUACCAUGUGAAGAGUCUCUCGGAAAACGAUUUCUCGGUAGACUUCAUUGGUUAUGUGCAUUCGUCGCCGUUGGAAGAAAUAAGAACUAGUCCGAAUGUGCGAAUACAUGAACUGAACCCUUUCCCAGAGCUUGAAUUGCCGAACAUUUUAAAGUACCUUUUUAAGACAGUAUGGCAAGCGCUAGGCUUACUGAUUACCCUGAUCAGCAUUCCGAGACCGAAGUUUAUUCUUUGCCAAAAUCCUCCGGCCAUUCCUGCCGUUAUUGUAGCAUACUUGUACUGCUUGUUUGCUCGGUCGAAGCUUAUAAUUGAUUGGCACAACUACACGUACUCCAUUCUGGCACUCGAGUCUCCAGAUUCACCGAUCGUACGCAUUGCAAAGAAACUGGAAGCAUUCUUUGGAACAAGGGCAGCCGACAGUUUCUGCGUAACGAAAGCAAUGAAAGAUGAUCUCUAUACACAAUGGAAUGUUAGAGCAACUGUCUUGUAUGAUCGUCCACCGCAGCAAUUUCAAAGUAUCUCCCUUCAGGAUAAACAUAACAUUUUUCUACGCCUUGGAGAAAAUAUUAGCGCUUUUCGCUCGGAACAUGAUGCAGAGGAUGAAGACAUUGUAGAAUGUACAGCGUUUACCACAAGGCACCGUAACGGAGAGGUCAAAUUUCGUGACUCAAGACCGGGCUUAUUAGUGUCCAGUACUAGCUGGACGCCAGACGAAGAUUUUAGCAUUCUUAUCAGCGCCCUGGAUCAAUACGAGCGUGAUGCUCUUGAUCAACCUUCGCAUUAUCCAGACAUUGUGUGCAUAAUUACAGGUAAAGGGCCACUGAAAGAACAGUACAGCAAAAUUGUGCAGUCAAAGUCGUGGAAAAGGGUAAAGUUGGAAAUGCCAUGGUUAGAGAAUGAAGAUUACCCCAAACUGUUGGCCAGUAGCGAUUUGGGCGUUUGCUUACACUACAGCUCAAGCGGACUUGAUUUACCCAUGAAGGUUGUGGACAUGUUUGGUUCUGGCUUGCCGGUUUGUGCCGUACAUUUCGAUUGCAUCGAUGAACUAGUAAAGCAUGGCGAAAAUGGGUUCGUUUUUCAACACCACCAGGAACUGGCAGAGCAAAUAGGUCAUUGGUUUUAUGACUUUCCCAGUAACAUUGCCUUAGCAAACAUGAAGCAGGAUAUACAGAAACAUUUGAAACAGUUUCAGGGGCUCAGGUGGGCUGAAAACUGGAAAAAUGUCGCAUUGCCAGUGUUCAAGAACUAGGAGUUAAGAAAUAUAUGCUUGUUGCUUAUUGUGGAAUUAUAGAUAUAAGUAGCUAGAAACAUUUUUGUAACAGUGAAGAAAGAACUGAAUAAAUUGCUGAAUUUACAAAAUGCACAAUUAAUAA